UCUGAAGCUGGUAGGGAAAACCGAUGACUUAGCGAAUCCGUUGAAGGAUCUUCCUGGCGGUGCUGACGCGCUAAUCAAGUCCGCCACAUGUGCGCUGGUGACUCAUCCGCAUCCCGAUCACCUGGACAAGGAUGGUGUGAAGUUUCUCCGUGAUAACAAACUUAAGGUUUACUGUAGCGGACAUGAUGAAGCAGAUUUACGUGGUCGGGGCUUAGAUGCACACGAGGUCACUGACGGCGAUCUCGGUAUGCGGAUUGAAGCUGUUCCUGCUCAGCAUGGCUACGGUCCGCAGGCGUGGAUCAUGGGCCCUGGUGUAGGUUAUUAUUUGGCAGCCGAUGGCGAGCCCAGCCUCUACAUUACAGGGGAUACCGUGUUGACAUCAGACGUUCGAGAUGCAGUGAAACGCCUCAAACCUAGUAUCGUUGUUGCACCUGCCGGGUCUGCAAACGUGGGAUUCGGAUAUGAUAUCUUGUUUUCACAAGAGGAGCUCAUCGAAUUAGGAAAACUAGUUCCUGACCAAUGGUCUUCGCGUAUGAAAUACUGAUCAGCCUUCUUGCUACAAAUUCUAUUUAAGCUGCGACCACGUUGAAUAACUUUAUCAGAAAUUCCUGUUUCUCUACUGCUGCAAGUUCACUCUAUUCAGGACAAAGUAUACCUCCCACAAUUCAUACAAAUAGGAUUGUAUACAAUCACAUCGAGGCACUGGAUCAUUGCCCCACUACACGCGAUGGUCUCCUGGAGCGCUUACAGAAGAAUGGUCUAGCGGACAGGUCGCAUGUACCUGCGGAUGGCGAUGUGCUGGUGUUCGACGAGUAUGCCAAUGCGUCUUACAAGGAUGUAGAGGUCAAGAAGGUCUCAAUGCGACCUGGUGUGCAGAAGUUUGUGGCUAGUUUAUUGGGCUGAUUCAUACUUAUUCUGAACUAGCCCCUGAUUGGCUACUGCUUUGAAAUAUAAUUAAAGUCACGGA